AUGCCACCGUCAUCACUCAAGGGCAUCUACCGCAACUACAAGGCUGACACCGACGUUGUGGCCUCAUGGCUCGCUACCACGGCCCAGCAGCACGGUUACCGUGUCGGUGGCGCAUCGGCCGCGUAUCCUGCCGCCACAGGAGGCAGACUGAAGGGGAAGGCGCGGAAGCAGGCAAAGGCAACCAUGCCCGUAGCAACCCUCGGCAUGACUGCAGAGAACAAGACAAAGUACAUCAUAAAGGUGCGUGAUUUCGAGGCCUUGGCAGUCUACAUUGCCGGCCUUGGCAGCACCGUCCUCGUCCCGAGCUUCUUCACCAACGCUCUGCGCCGUGUCAUUUCCGUGCGCAAGAGUUUUGCGGAACGCCUUGGUUCGGCAGGCGUCAAGAUCACCGUUGCAUCUGAAGUGACGCAUUCAUUUUUCGUCGAGCAGCUUGAAAAGGUCUGGCAGAUCCUGUCGCCGGCGGCACAUGCCACGACGGCCACAAUCAACGCGACAGUGACGGGCCAAGAUGACCGAGACGAGCGGAGCAACCGUCGAGCAAGGUCUUCGGCGACCAACGACACCAUUGUCAGUAACAUUUUCUCCGCGCUUAGAGUCUAUCAUCCGUCAAACAGAUUGGAAGAUGACUCGGACGCGAUUCGACCUGCCCCAGUAAGGACGACGUUUGUAGCCGAGCAGGGCGACUCUGUCCUCGACAUGAUCUUCGCCCUUACUACGCUACUCAAUGACUAUGCCGACAUCCGUGCCGAGAUUCGUGCACUGUGGACAGAGCACGCGUCUGGGCGCCUUGAUCUUGCCGCCGCGUCCGUCGCCACCAAUGCGGCCAUCGAGAUGGCGCGCAGCAUGGAAGACGAGAUGAAGGCACUUUUCGACAAGUCUGAUGGUGUGCAUAUCGUCACGGAAGCAUAUUUUCAUUCUCUGUGUGAAGCCUCGGGCAUCGAUAAGCUGGACAAGGAGAUGUCGCACGAUCCAUACAACCUAGCCGCAUACGACAUUGCCGACGUGUGCCUGAUCAACAUGCUGACGCUGCUGGCGAGCUACACCGCAUCGGUAGACCGCCAAGAGACCUGCCUGCAGACCUACAGCGGCAAGUUUGGCUGGUAUGACGAGGCGCUGGGCGGUAAGGCGCAGACGAAGCGCCAACAGUGGACGCAGGACAUGACGGCGGUGCUCGAGCUGAUGCCGGACCUGAGCUUCCUGGUGCUUAAGCUAGGCCGCCUGUCGGUUGUGGAUGAGCUGACGCGUGGGCUGGCCUACGUCAUGGACGAUGGGAAGAGGAGGGCCAAGCUUUGGCUUGCUUUUGCGCUGCAGAUCUACGUCGACAUUCUGCGCGACUUUGUCCCGGACUGCGACAGCCUGGGCGAGAUGCAAGCAGAAGUUCGCGAGAUCAAACAUGCGAUGCUCACUGUGCCGGCUUCGGACCCGCAUCGCGUAACCGUCAUGCGCGCCGCUGGGCUCUGGGACACGGACCCGAUUUGGGCGGCCCGCGGCAUGGCCGUCAGCGCCGAGCUGCUGCCCCAGGCCCACACCGCACCGUUCAAGUUCCUGCGGCGUAAUCCCAUGUACUGUGGGCUACUGGUGCACCACAUGCGCUCCACGCGCCAGACGGAGGGACUUUCUUACGCGGCGACGCCGGGUGCUUUGCUCGGUGUGGUGCAGCUCUACCACGCGCUCCGCAACGAGCGCUUGCUCCCCGAGCACUGCACCUGGGACGACCUACAGGAGCUGUGGACGCUCCAGGGCGAUGCCUCGUUUUUUGUCGGCGAUCCCCCAACGACUAAGGAGGCGUAUUUUUCCAACUACGCCCUGAGCAUUGGCACGUCGGUGACGCACUGGGCGGCGGCGUCGUCGCGGCGCAAAGGCAAGGGUAAGCAGCCAACCUUCAAGGUUCACAGCGACAACCGACGUAACCUCAUGCCUAUUGGCUAUUUGUCACUGGCCGUCAACCACCGCAUCAAACAUCCCGGCGCUCGCGUACCGUGGUCACCAGAGGCCGUGCAAGACACCUUGGUUGAGGGCGUCUCGCGGCGCCACACAGACAGCCGAUCGCGCCUGCAACGAGGGGGCAAGGACGGGGUGGGCGUGGCUAGAGCGCGCAUCGCGAGUUUGCCGCCCGCGGGCCUGGUGCGUGAGGUUGCUGAAGCGGUCCAGCACGAGAAGCGCGGUCUCUGUUUUGACUUUUUCAUCAUGCACAACCAGAGCUGGUCCUUUCUCACAGUGCUGCGGGAAGCGCUGUGGGCCGUUGUGCCGGCCAUUGCGCAAGGCGGCAGCGACGCAGAGACGCUGCCCUUUGUGCCGGGCAUCUGCUUCGCGGCGGCGGCAGGCAAGAGCCUCAACCAAGCGGUGGUGGUGACCGCCAACGACGCGCUGCUGCGUACUGCGGCGGACGUGAUGCGGACAUUUGUACGCGAUGGUGGUGGGAGCGUGGUGAGGAUGGAUGUGGAGAGAGAAGUGAGCCUCGAGGAAGUGGAGAGCCUCUGUGGGCAGGAGGGCGAUCCGUGGCGGUUGAAGCGGCUCGAGUUUGGGGAUGGAGUUGGUGGUGGCCUCAAUAGCGUGACCCGAAGUUGA